AUGGGGUAUACUCAUUACUGGACCAUCAAAGACGCCGCUUCAUGGCGCAAAUGCCUACCGCAAUUGGUGGAUGAUAGCGGUCUCAUCAUCAAGCAUUCCGGCGUCGCCAUCUGUGGCAACGAUUAUGACUUGCCCCCGAUGCUCGACAAAGACGAGGGCAUUUCUAUAAACGGGAAAGAUGAUGGAUUUGAGCCCUUCUGUCUUGCCCUCGAUGAGGGAUUUGACUUCUGCAAGACUGGGAGGAGACCGUAUGAUUUGGUGGUGUGCGCAAUUCUCCUGAGGGCUCAUCAGCUGGCACCGAAGGUUCUGGAUAUCCACUCCGAUGGCCGUUGGAAUGAAGUGGGGUGGCGGAAUGCUCGCGAGUUGAUCAAUCAACUUUGGCCGGAUGAAGCCGUAACUUGUCCUUGGGGAGACGCACCGGACGAGUGA